AUGUCCACCGGUGCCUCUGGGCCCCUGAUUCCAUCCCAUCCGGAUGCUUUGGCCCUGCAACAAGCCGUUCUGCACGACCAUCCCCCGGGCGCGACCCAGACCCCCGGUCUGGCCGGCCACUUUCAGAAUGCUUCACUCCAUGCUUACGAUACCAUGUCUGGCACUGCCACCGGCCAUGGCAUGGCCAUGAGCCUGGAAGCCGCCAAUGGUUUUGUAUACGAUACCUCCACCUUUCAUGCCACCUCCACUGGCGCCUUAGAUCCUAAUCUAGAACACUACCCCGCGGUCCAGCGCCCCUCUAUGCCGACCCAAGUCAUCGAUUUGGACCCUUCCGUACCUGGCGCGUAUCCCAUCCCUCGAAAUCCACCGGCGCUCGCGCCCACCUACUGGACUCCCCCCGUGGCUCAGGCGUUCAACGCCCCGGUGCAACCGCAACCGCAAUCUGCAGUUGCCACCGCGCCCAGACCUUCCUCCGAGAUGCCCUCCACAUCUACGGCCCGCCCCGCGCCCGCGCGCGCUCAGACCGGCUCGCGGCGGGCUGCCGCUACUGCACAAGCGGAGGUGCAGCAGCAGGCUUACCCACAAGCCUCAAAUGCUACCGGUUCCCAUCGCUACAUCCAGCCAAAACGGCCUUCGCCAAAGAGUAGGUCUUGCUUUGUUCUAACAGAAGCGAGUAACGACUCUCCAUUUUCUAGCAUCUACUCCAGUAGCGGCUUUGAUGUCAUGGGGAUAUUGGCCCAGGUAGUGUCCCGACCGGACGCCAAAAUCAACAUUGGUGCGGUGGACUUGUCCUGUGCGUUUGUGCUCUGCGAUAUCACCCAGGAGGAUCAUCCAAUUGUUUACGUCUCGGAGGCGUUUGAACGGCUCACCGGUUACACCAGUGAUGAAAUCGUAGGCCGUAACUGUCGGUUCCUGCAAGGCCCUGAUGGGGUGGUGUACCAAGGCAUGACGCGGAAGUUCGUCGAUGAAAAUACCGCCUUUCGCUUUCGGUCGACUAUCGAAGAUCGGAGCGAAAUUCAAGCCACUAUCAUCAACUACCGGAAAGGUGGACAACCGUUUGUGAACCUAGUCACCAUGAUUCCGAUUCGAUGGGGCGGGCCGGAUUACCGCUUUUACGUAGGUUUCCAGGUCGAUCUGGUGGAGCAGCCCGAGGCCGUCACCCGGCGAAAUCCCAAUGGCACGUACAUGAUCAACUAUCAGCGCAAUCAGUUGCCCAACUAUGUAGUCCCGCCUCCAGAUAUGUACCGAGUCAACGCGCAGCUGAUCACCAUGUGGGCACCUGAGCAGGUGUCAACCAUACUCGACAAACUGAAUAGCUACGUGCCCGUCUAUCGGAACGUGCUCAAUCGAAUGCUUGUGGAAAACACGGAUGACGUCAUCCAUGUCAUCUCGUUCGAGGGGGAAUUUCUCUAUGUGUCCCCGUCCUGUUCGAGGGUCCUGGAGUAUGACGCGGUCGAAUUGGUCGGGAAAGGACUUUCGGCUGUGUGUCAUCCCAGUGAUAUUGGUCCUGUGAUUCGUGAACUUCGUGCCUGCAUUACCCCGGAGCCGGUGAGUGUGGUUUACCGUAUUCGCAAGAAACACAGUGGUUAUGUCUGGUUUGAGAGCCAUGGCUCGUGGCAUAUUACUGACCGCGGGCGGCAAUAUAUGGUCUCGGUGGGUCGUCCUCGGGCCGUGUAUGAUCUUGAUUCUGAGGCUGUCGUUCGUCACGGGGGUCUGUCAGAGAAUGAUCUUUGGGCGAAGCUGUCAAUGUCCGGGAUCAUUCUCUAUAUGUCAUCGAAGGCGCGGCCGGUGCUAGGGCGGUUUCCGGAAGAUCUAGUUGGGAAGGGCAUUCAAGAUUUCAUGGGAGCGGACACGCGACCGCAGGCUCUACAGGCGCUCAUGGCCGCGAGGGCUGGUCAACAGGUCUCGUUCAAUCAUAAGAUUCGUCACCGCAAGGGCCAUAUGCUGCCCGUGCAAACCACAGUUCUACCUGGCGAUGCGAAAGAAGGGGUCCCUCCUUCUUUCCUAGUAGCACAGCUACGCUUCCCUAAGACAGGAACCGACGAAUCGGGAUCUGGAUCGACGGACCCGGCAUUCAUGCCGGCCGGAGUAGAUCUAUCGGGAUUGAUAGGGACCAACCGGUUGCCGGCAGGCAAUCAGCAAUUGGCAUCUUUGGACGAUAAUACGCUGUUCACGGAACUGGCGCCCACGCGAGGUUCUAGCUGGCAGCUCGAAUUGCGGGAGUUAGAGAAGCAGAACCGUGCACUGUCGGACGAGAUGCAGCGGCUGAUUACGCGGCGGAAGAAGCGUAAGCGCAAACAAAGCACUCUGAUGGUGGAAAAGGUGUGUUCGAUGUGUGGGGCCAAAACCACCCCGGAGUGGCGGCGGGGGCCCAGCGGCAACCGAGACUUGUGCAACAGCUGUGGACUGCGCUGGGCGAAGCAACAGCGGAACCAGGCGACGGCCAACGCGGCCCGUGCCAGGUGACCACAUGAUGAGUGAUGACUUGUUUUUAAUUGUCUUGAUCGAUUGUUGAAUAUCAUCAGUUGUCUAGCGGCGGCUGCUUAUGUUAUUGGAAAGUUCUUUUGAGCAGCUGGUUCUGAGGAAAAGGAGGGAUGUACAUUGCUGCGGGCGGCGUUCUUGGUUGUGUGUGAUGGAUCACUAUUGUAUGGUAGUGGCCGGGGUAUCUGACUUGGAUAGCAGAUUGUGGCCAGACCUGCAGGCAACAGGC